AUGAAUCAUCAUGAAUUUUCAUCUUUCAUUAUCUAUGCAAUACCUAUCGAUAAAGAACAUAAAGAUUAUACAUAUUAUUUAAUCAAUCGAACUGAUGCUUGUAUCCCUCUGAAUCAGUCUGUUUAUCAUUUAUGGAUGCAACAGGUAUUGAACACAACGACAAAAGCGUCUCUUCUUCGAAUUCCAUACGAACGACAUAGUUGGUACCGAGUAUUACUAAAAAAUCUUUCAAUCUCCAAUGAAUCUUGUCUAUUUUUCAACGGAUCGAAUUCACUCUAUGUGAAUCAAACUUUACGACAAAUAAUACAAAAUCCUACGAAAUUUCUUUUCCAUAUUAUUGCUUACAAUACUCCGUAUAGUUAUUGCGAUAUGGAAACAUUUUUUCUACUUGAAAUUGAACCACUUCGUCAAUUGCAAAUCACAUACCGUGGUUUUGCUUUUCUAAUUACACUUUUUAUCUUUAUAUUUUCAUUCAUAUUAUCUCUUCGUAUUUAUACUUAUUACAAACAACGUCAAAGGAAAGCUCAUCUUGAAUAUCAUCGUUUGAGUCAAAUUGACGCAGGACAAUUGCAUCAAUGGCAUGAUAUUGCUCGAUACUUGAAUGAACAUAAAAAUAUUGAUAAUUAUCAAUUAAUACAGCAUCACCUACGAAAUCUGCAAUCGACAACGAACUUAACAACACGUCUGAUGGACUAUCAUAAAGAACAAACAGACUAA